CCGCCGAUCUCGUACUCCAACGGCGAUCAGUCGUCCGCAGACGUUAGUGGGACUUCCGUCGCGGUAUUCAUAUAUUAUCUUUAUUAUUAGACUAGGCCCUAGACACACCGCGCUUAACCAUGUCUGACGAAGAAGAAGUGUACACUGAUUCCGAAGAGGAAACGCAACCGGAGCCUGAAAAAAGCAAAGAUGGAGAUGGAGAUCCCGAAUUCGUUAAGAGGCAAGAAUUAAAAUCCUCAGCCUUAGACGAACAGCUUAAAGAGUACAUUCAAGAAUGGCGCAAACAACGGUCAAAGGAAGAAGACGACUUAAAGAAGUUGAAGGAAAAACAGGCCAAGCGCAAGGUGAUGCGAGCGGAAGAAGAAAAGAGGAUGGCCGAGAGAAAGAAGCAAGAAGAAGAACGCAGACAGAGAGAAGUGGAAGAAAAGAAACAGAAGGACAUCGAAGAAAAACGUAAACGCCUGGAAGAGGCCGAGAAAAAACGUCAAGCUAUGAUGGCUGCUCUUAAAGAACAAACCAAUAAAUCAAAAGGACCCAACUUCACCAUCAGCAAAAAAGAAGGUGCGUUGAGUAUGACGUCUGCCCAACUUGAACGCAACAAGACCAGAGAACAGAUCGAAGAAGAAAAGAAAAUAUCGCUGAGCUUCAGAAUCAAACCAUUGAACAUUGAAGGUUUCUCUGUGCAAAAACUCCAAUUCAAAGCCACUGAACUCUGGGACCAGAUUAUCAAGCUGGAAACAGAAAAGUACGAUUUGGAGGAAAGGCAGAAGAGACAAGAUUACGACUUGAAAGAGUUGAAAGAACGUCAGAAGCAACAGCUCCGCCACAAGGCUCUGAAGAAGGGUCUUGACCCUGAAGCCCUAACCGGCAAAUACCCACCCAAGAUCCAAGUCGCUUCCAAGUACGAGAGGCGAGUGGACACAAGGUCCUAUGACGACAAAAAGAAGCUAUUCGAAGGAGGUUAUAUGGAAUUCACUAAAGAAUCAAUGGAAAAACAAUGGACAGAAAAGAGUGACCAAUUCGGCGGCCGUGCUAAGGGACGGUUACCGAAAUGGUUCGGCGAACGUCCAGGCAAGAAGAAGGACGACCCAGAAACACCCGAAGAGGAAGAGCUCAAGAAGAACGAGGAAGACGAAGAACCGUUCGGCCUUGACGACGAAGAAGCCGAGGAAGAAGUGGAAGAGGAAGAAGAGGAGGAAGAAGAAGAAGAGGAAGAAGAAGAGGAAGAGGAAGAAGAGGAGGAAGAGGAAGAAGAAGAAGAGGAAGAAUAA